AACACAACUUUCUAUUUCAUUUCAGUAUAAAAGUGGCAAACUGUUUUUAAAAUUCCUAUAUACUCAAUGUAUCAUCGUAUAACUGCAUCUAAAAACACUUCAAAAUGGGUGCAAUAUCAUCCUCUACACGGAGUAUUGAACAGGACCAUAAAGAUAUCCAAAGCAUGUUCUCGGCAGCUAAAAUGGGAAAGUGGCCAGAAGUUUGGCGAAUUCUAGGGACCCCAAGCCGACCACUGAAACCAUACCUCAUAAAUAUAAUACCUGAAGAUAGACGAUGGGGUUUACUACAACAGGCUGUUUGGUGGAACAAUUCCUCUGCAAUCAAGAAACUCAUACAGUUUCAAGCAUGCGACAAAGAUUUAAAGGCAAAAGAUAGCAUUUCUGAAAAAGGACCAACCGGUGGUCAUACGGCACAGCAAAUAGCUGAAUUGUUUGGAUAUUUAGAGGUUUCGAAUAUCAUUAAGAACCACAUACCUUCUAUACGUGAAGAGGAUAUCGAAACAUACUACGAUGGGAAUAGCUCUAUCGAAAAUGAAGAGUACGGUCUAUUCAGACUUACACUGGCGGCGUACAAAGGAGCUUUCCAUCCGUCUUAUGUCGACAAAACCAAACAACUAUCAGUUUUAUUGAAUGAUGUAUUUAAACAUGUCAAUACAGCUAACAACUGGAUGGCUGUUAGGGAUAAAGUUGCGCAGGCACUUAAUUCAAGUUGUGAGGAAGCAAGCAAAGUAGUCAGUCAGUGUACCACCAAAUUGGACUUUUACAGAAGAAUCGUUAAUGUAUAUACUGACGAAACUACACAAUUAUAUACGAACAUGAACACAGCGUUGAGGCGACAACGGGAUACAGGCUUCAAACCUACAGCAAAUGAUCUAGCACUCGGACCAUAUAUACUGAUGUUUCAUCUACUUCUGUUUUGUUGGAGAGAUUUGGUCAGAGAGAGAACCAAAACAUAUCGCAAAAUGAAAAUUUCUGCGAGAGAUCUAGCAAAGUACCAACCAGGAACAAAGUUUACGUGGUUAUCAUUUAUUUCAUCCUCUGUUCAACAGCAAUGUGCUCAGAUUUUUCCAUCGUGUGCACCAAGCGGCGACUUGGAAGUGCAUUUCGUUAUUGACAACUCGACUGAUUCGCAGUGGCAACCGCUCAAUAUUGAGGAUUAUGCCUGCUACACAGAAAAAGAAAGAGUUUACCCAGCAGGAGCACAAUUCUUGAUCAAAAGACGUUCAACUAAAAAUGGAGUACCGACAAUUCAAUUGAAACUUUUAGCAUGCUUAGGAAGCGAAUAGAGUAUGAUUACUAGACGCUCAGAGAUUAUGAUUACUAUUUGUCUGAUUUAUUUUGUCUGGAUUAUGAUUUUUUAAUACCUCAGUUUCUUUCAUAGGUUUCAAACCUUUAUGAUUAGUUAAAAUUUGAUGUAAAGGCGUUCAAAGUUAUAAGACUAGUAUCUUUGGUGUAUUUUAUGUUUACAUUUCAAAAUGGAUUCGUGAAAGGUAAAAUUGUUGUUAUAGACACUUGAGACACAAUUUACUCAUCAAUGGAUAUGUUUGUCUAGGUCCUAUUCUUUAAAGGGAAAAACUAUUUAAUAUUAUUGGGAGGGGGGGGGGGGGGGUCCCACACAAAAACCAAUCAUUUGGAAGAAACGAUUAUUAUCUCUUGAGACAAUGCUGCAUGAUUACUUAUUUUCUUUUUUCAUGCAAAACUGUUUCAAACAUUUUGUUGGUCAGUAUUUAUUUCUCAAGUUAACUUUUUUUCAAUUUUAGCUAGUUGUAAUGUCAGGUUAUUAAUUUCAACCCCGCCCUUUCCAAAUAUACGCACAGUUGUAUUAACGACUAUUUCCCGGUGCUGAUUAUGUGACAUUUAGAUGAAUUCUCACCUCCAAUAUAUAAGCAUUCAAAUUUCAUUUGUAAUUUCAAGCAAUUAUUGAGCGUGUGAAAACAUGUAAAACUAACGCUCUUCUGAGUGAUUAUAGAGCUUUCAUUUUUAUAGAAUGGUAAUAAAUUCUGCAACAAAUGCAUAGCAAAUAUGAAGUUAUGUUGGAUCCGAAAGGCCUGAGCCUAAAUUGACAGUGUUGUGAAUUCCUCUUUCGUGUUGUGAUUUUAUCAUUUUGAGUGUACAUUGCUUGUGAAUAUAUAAUUGAGAUAUUAAUAAUAACCGUUUAUAUGUUUAUUCUAACCUCCAAUAAAUAUCCUUUUCAUUUAUUAAAAUCGUUGUAAAGAU